GAGCAGCGCGAGCUGGCCCGGAAGGGCCGCCCCACCGCCACCCAUACGCGGCCCUGCCGCACAAUGUCCACCAGCGCAAGGCGCGCCAAGAGCGCCAAGUCCGGCUCUGGCAACGCCAGGACGCAGUGAUGCAGGAACUUAUCAAGAACCCUGCGACCCGCCGCCUAUCUCGGGCGACAUCAUUUCGCCAGAUCCGAGACCUCGAACAGGCGAUGGAGGCGGGCGAGUACAACCUUCCGCCUGCCUCUCCUGAGGCAGUAACCACUAAAAUCAGUGGGCGCGGGGAUGAGGGCCGCGUGCUUCCGGCAACGCCUGUGCCGGAGUUGGGCGGUGCCUCCGCCCCAUCAUGGCGGGCGCAGGCACACAGCUGCGUCCGGUUCGUGGACGGUGUCCCAGUACUCCGGUUGGCAGCGCGCCUGAAGUCAAAGGGCGGUCUUAAGCUUGCUGCCGGGCAGGGCCCUGGCAGCCGCCCUGUGCACUCGCUUAGCCUCCUUGCGGAUGAGAUCCGGUACCGCCUGCUGUAUGACGGUGUCCUGGUGGUGCAUGGCCGCCUGUACAGCUUCACGGAGCUAAACCCAGCCCGGCGACCAGCCAAGGCGGUAUCGGCGCAGAUG